AUGAUAGACGACAAUCCCGAAGACAGACAGACGAAGAUCCAUAUCUUCUGGAUGAUCUACAUGCUUGACAAGACGCUUUCGCUACGUUUGGGUCGCUCAAGUAUCCUCCAGGACUGGGACAUAUCGUUACCGUUUGUAGUAUCCAGCGACCCUAACGACAAGCACGCCGAAUCAAGCGCCUUCUUGUCGUACUGGAUUAAGGUUGCGCGAGUCCAGGGCCUGACAUACGAGAAGCUAUUUUGCCCUGCCGCCUUUACAAGAUCUACGGAAGAGCGCACGCGAAUCGCGAUUGAACUUGUCAACAGUCUUAACCAAGCCUGGUACGAGCGUGGGGAUGCGUCGAUCGUCGACUUUUCGCAACAAGGCCAAACGUAUCAUCUCGGUACGCCGAGAUCGAACAAAAUAGGCAACAGUCCAAAUGAGACACCACUCCCGUCUCAAUACAAGCGCUAUGUGCACAAAUCUCAGGGUAAACAAGGAUCAGAAGUCAACGAAUACGUUCAGGGCUCUUUCGAGAGAGUCCAAGACAUCUUCUUUCACUCCGAUGUCGUCAUGCACUAUUCUACCUGUGCACUCAUACAGCGCGCGGUCAGUCCAGGAAAUAUGAGCUUUAAUCAGGAGUGCCUCGAAUCCUCGAGAGCGGCCCUUGUCGCACAUAUGAGGGCUAGUGCACAGUUCAACAAAAAGGGUCAGGAGGACCUCUGGUCGGGAUAUGUACAUUGGUCGGUUCUUCAGGCACCGUUCACACCUUUCAUUGUAAUAUUCUGCCACUCCAUCCAAAAGGCCGAUACGUCCGACGUUGAACCAGAUCUAAACUCCCUUUCCGAAUUUGUCGGCAGCCUGGAAUCUUGCCGCACAAUUUCCGAAGGUGCAGACAAGCUCUACAAGAUGUGCCAUCUUUUCCUACGAGUUGCCAGGCUCUACGUCACGGCUAAGAAACAGGAUGCUGCGUCAAGAUCCCGGGGAGUUAUGCAAAAUAACCAGUCAGGGUAUUAUACAACCGUUGAUGGCACGCAGCUGGACCUCAACGCAAUGUCCCAAUUCGAUCCGUACCUUAGUGCGCUUGGAUUGAUGCCUGAUACCGCAUGGCCCACGACAUAUCCCAACGCUUCCACUGCAGCCACGACGACCGCGUUUGAGCAAGGCGAGGCGAUGAAUAACAUGGAUGCCGUUGGUUCGUCCGGCUUCGGUUUUGGAGCGUCUCAGGGAAAUUCCAAUCCCAUGCAGGACUGGUUCUCAGGCUCGCGCUAUCUCAUGAACCUUAUGGAGCCAGGCGACGAUCUACAAAUGCCGGAUCUAGACCUGUAA